ACCGCCACUUUCAAACUCGUUUCUCAAAUAGCGCUGAAUUGUUCAACUACGUACACCUGGGACGCUCAGAUUCGUUCCAAAGUUGAGUAGCGGUUGGAAUCAACACUGUCGACGAGGUCAUUUGGAAGGAAGAGUUCGGCUGUUGGCGUGUGUAUUCAAUGAAGUUAAAAUCUUUGCGAAGUUGAUGUGGUCCAGAAAAUGUUAUAGAAAUGAUAGCAGCACCAGAAUUACAGACGGAGUUCCAUUUCCAACCGGACACAGAUACUCGCUUUUCCUCGGACACGGAUUUUGACGAUCAUGAGGGAAGAAAUGUAAUCCAAGGCAAAGGAAAGGCAAAGAAAGGCAAGAAGGGAGGCGGGGGAAAGGGCGCGGGAGCCGGCCGCAUGAAUGGACACCAUCAGGAAAAUGGCAUGGAGAACGUCAUGCUGUUCGAGGUGGUCAAGCUGGGGAAGAGCGCCAUGCAGUCGGUGGUGGAUGACUGGAUUGAGUCCUAUAAACACGACCGGGACGCCGCCCUUCUAGACCUCAUUAACUUCUUCAUCCAGUGUUCAGGGUGCAAAGGUGUGGUCACUGGUGAGAUGUUUAGGCACAUGCAAAACUCAGAGAUCAUCAGGAAGAUGACGGAGGAGUUUGAUGAGGACAGUGGUGAUUACCCCCUGACCAUAGCAGGGCCUCAGUGGAAGAAGUUCAGGGCGAGUUUCUGCGAGUUCAUCGGCGUUCUGGUCAGGCAGUGCCAGUACAGCAUCAUCUAUGACGAGUACAUGAUGGACACGGUCAUCUCUCUGCUCACGGGUCUGUCGGACUCGCAGGUCCGAGCGUUCAGACACACCAGCACGCUCGCAGCCAUGAAGCUGAUGACGGCCCUGGUGAACGUCGCGCUGAAUCUCAGCAUUAACAUGGACAACACCCAGCGGCAAUACGAGGCCGAGAGGAACAAGAUGAUCGGCAAGAGAGCCAACGAGCGCCUGGAGCUCCUGCUCCAGAAACGCAAAGAGCUUCAAGAGAACCAGGACGAGAUCGAGAAUAUGAUGAAUGCGAUAUUUAAGGGUGUCUUCGUUCACCGAUAUCGCGACUCGAUAGCAGAGAUCAGAGCCAUCUGCAUCGAGGAGAUCGGUGUGUGGAUGAAGAUGUACAGCGAUGCCUUUCUCAACGACAGCUACCUGAAAUACGUGGGCUGGACCAUGCAUGACAAGCAAGGGGAGGUGCGAUUGAAGUGUCUCACUGCUCUCCAGGGUCUGUACUAUAACCGUGAGCUCAACAACAAGCUGGAGCUCUUCACCAGCAGGUUCAAGGACCGAAUUGUGUCUAUGACACUAGACAAGGAAUACGAUGUAGCUGUUCAAGCAAUAAAGCUCCUGACUCUCGUUUUACAAAGCAGCGACGAGGUCCUGACUGCGGAGGACUGUGAGAGCGUGUACCAUCUGGUCUACUCAGCUCACCGGCCCGUUGCCGUGGCAGCGGGAGAGUUUCUCUUCAAGAAACUGUUCAGUCAUCGAGACAUAGACGAAGACAGCAUGCCCAAGAGACGAGGCAGACAGAGCAUAAACGCCAACCUCAUCAAAACCACCGUCUUCUUUUUCCUCGAGAGCGAGCUGCACGAGCAUGCGGCCUACCUGGUGGACAGCAUGUGGGACUGUGCCACGGACCUGCUGAAGGACUGGGAGUGUAUGAUCAGUCUGCUCCUGGACGAGCCACUGCCCGGAGAGGAAGCUCUGACGGACAGGCAGGAGGCAGCUCUGGUAGAGAUCAUGCUCUGUACCAUUCGCCAGGCUGCAGAAUGCCACCCUCCAGUGGGCAGAGGCACCGGGAAGAGGGUGCUGACGGCAAAAGAAAAAAAAACGCAGCUGGAUGACAGGACGCGGAUGACCGAGCUCCUGGCUGUGGCGUUGCCUCUUCUCCUCGCAAAGUACUCUGUCGACGCAGAGAAGGUUACCAACUUACUGCAGUUACCCCAGUACUUUGACCUGGAGAUCUACACCACUGGACGGUUGGAAAAGCACCUGGAGUCCCUGCUGAGGCAGAUUAAGGAGAUUGUGGAGAAGCACACUGACACGGACGUGCUGGAGGCCUGUUCCAAGACCUACCAUGCCCUCUGUAACGAGGAGUUCACCAUCUUCAACAGGGUGGACAUCGCACGCAGCCAGCUUCUGGACGAACUGGUGGACAAAUUCAACAGGCUCCUGGAGGACUUCCUGCAGGAGGGUGAGGACCCGGACGAGGACGAUGCUUACCAGGUUCUGUCCACGCUAAAGAGGAUCACCGCGUUCCACAACGCCCACGAUCUCUCCAAAUGGGACCUCUUCACCAGCAACAUUAAGAUCCUGAAGGCUGGCAUAGAGAACGGAGACAUGCCCGAGCAGAUCGUCAUCCAAUCGCUGCAGUGCACUCACUAUGUGAUCCUGUGGAACUUGGCCAAGAUCUCCGAGGGGACCUCCAAAAACGAGGACAUGGUGACUCUGAGGAAGCACAUGAAAGCCUUCUGUCUGAUGUGUCAGCGCUAUCUGAGCAGCGUUAACACGGCGGUCAAAGAGCAGGCCUUCACCAUCCUCUGUGACCUGCUCCUCAUCUUCAGCCAUCAGAUCGUCUCUGGGGGGAGGGAGGCCAUGGAGCCCCUCAUCUACACCCCAGAAUCCUCUCUCCAGUCUGAACUCCUCAGCUUCACCCUGGACCACGUCUUCAUCGACCAGGACGAUGAUAACAACAGCACGGACGGACAGCAGGAUGAUGAGGCGGGGAAAAUCGAAGCUUUGCACAGGAGGAGAAAUCUUUUGGCCGCCUACUGUAAACUCAUCAUUUACAACGUGGUGGACAUGAGCACCGGAGCGGAUAUCUUUAAGCAGUACAUGAGAUAUUACAACGAUUACGGCGACAUCAUCAAAGAGACGAUGAGCAAAACGAGACAGAUCGACAAAAUCCAGUGUGCGAAAACGCUCAUCCUGAGUCUGCAGCAGCUCUUUAACGAGAUGCUUUCCGACCUGGGCCAUAACUUCGACCGCACGUCCUCGUCGUUCUGCGGGAUCAAAGAGCUCGCCAGACGGUUCUCCCUCACGUUCGGUUUGGAUCAGCUGAAGACGCGAGAGGCCAUCGCCAUGUUACACAAGGACGGUAUCGAGUUUGCCUUCAAAGAGCCAAGCCCUCAGGAAGGCAGCCCUCCAGUGAACCUGGCCUUUCUGGACAUCCUCAGCGAGUUCUCCUCCAAGCUCAUGAGACAAGACAAACGCACAGUGCACAUGUACCUGGAGCGGUUCAUGACUUUUCAGAUGGCUCUGCAGAGGGAGGACUGCUGGCUGCCGCUCAUCUCCUACAGGAACUCCUUACAGGCGGGUGGAGAUGACGACACCAUGUCUGUGGUCAGCGGCAUCAGCAGCCGCGGCUCCUCCGUCAGGAGCAAGAAGGCAAAGCCCGCCACGGGCAAGAGGAAACUCGCUGAGGAGGAGAGCAGCAGCAGCAGCAGUAGCGAGGUGUGGAUGAAUCGGGAACAGGGCAUGCAGACGCCGGUCAUGAUGGCCUCUCCUCACCUCACCUCCACCGUGAUGCGCGACCCCAAACGCAUGCGCCCGGAGGACAGCUACCUGGGCGUGUACGGCCUGCCCCCCGACCAGCAGCAACAACAACAACAACAACAACAACAGCCGCAGCAGCAACCGCCCCACCCACAGACUCCGCAGCCGCACCACCAUCAAAGCCCCAUGGACUACAAUACACAGGUCACCUGGAUGUUGGCACAGAGACAGCAGGCGGAGGAGGCCAGACAGCAGCAGGAACGAGCCAUGAACUACGCCAAACUGAGGAGCAACCUGCAGCACGCCAUACGCCGUGGGACGGGGCUUAUAGAGGAUGAUGAGGAGCCAAUCGUGGAGGAUGUGAUGAUGUCAUCGGAGGGCCGGAUUGAAGAUCUGAAUGAGGGCAUGGACUUUGACACCAUGGACAUAGAUCUGCCCCCAUCAAAGAAUCGCAGAGAGAGAUCAGAGCUGAAGCCAGACUUUUUCGACCCUGCGUCCAUCAUGGAUGAGUCUGUAAGGACCACACAUUUCCUGGGUUAUGAUACUUUUCAGCGGUAA